CUGACCCAGGCACCGGCUCGUCCCCGCGCGCGCUUUCCCGUCCCCUGCCGUGCGAGCCUCCCUUGUCCCUCCUUGUCCUGUCCGGCAGCGGUGGGCCGCGCAAGGACCCUCGGGAUCGCGCACGCACAGGCGGGACCCGGCCGCCCAGCUAGGACCCGGGCCCGGAAACGCGCGCUGUCACAAAGGGGGACACGUGGGUGCCGCUGGUCGGGCCGCUCUCUCCCGCAGCCGGAGAGCUGCCUCUGUCGCCCGCCACCUCCUCCCCGGCCACCCUGUGGGGCCGCGGCCGUGGCCGGCUGAGGAGAUCUCCCGGCCAAGUGUGAUCGCCGCCUUUAGUCACUCCACCGCGUUCGGACCCUGCUCAGCCAUGUCCAUCCUCUACGUCUCUCCUCACCCCGACGCCUUCCCCAGCCUCCGAGCCCUCAUCGCUGCCCGCUACGGGGAAGCUGGUGACGGUCCCGGGUGGGGAGGUCCUCACCCCCGCAUCUGCCUGCAGCCUCCCCCGAGCAGCCGGACUCCAUUCCCCCCGCCUCGCCUGCCUGCCCUGGAGCAGGGGCCUGGCGGCCUGUGGGUGUGGGGGGCCCCGGCCGUAGCUCAGCUGCUGUGGCCAGCAGGACUGGGGGGACUCGGGGGCAGCCGGGCUGCUGUCCUGGUCCAACAGUGGGUCAGUUAUGCCGACACGGAGCUCAUACCAGCUGCCUGCGGGGCGACCCUGCCUGCCCUAGGACUCAGAGGUCCUGGUCAGGAUCCCCAGGCUGCCCUUGGGGCCCUGAGCAAGGCUUUGAACCCCUUGGAGGAGUGGCUUCGGCUGCACACCUACCUGGCUGGGGAUGCCCCCACCCUGGCGGACGUAGCUGCUGUGACAGCCUUACUGCUGCCCUUCCGAUAUGUUCUGGACCCUCCUGCCCGCCGGAUCUGGGGUAAUGUGACUCGCUGGUUUAACACUUGUGUCAGGCAACCGGAAUUCCGGGCUGUGCUGGGAGAAGUAGCCCUGUACUCAGGGGCCAGGUCUGUCACUCAACAGCCAGGCUCUGAGGUCACUGCACCCCAAAAGACAGCAGCUCAGCUCAAGAAAGAGGCAAAGAAACGGGAGAAACUAGAGAAAUUCCAGCAGAAGCAGAAGACACAGCAGCAGCAGCCCCCACACGGAGAGAAGAAGCCAAAACCAGAGAAGAAGGAGAAGCGGGACCCUGGGGUCAUUACUUAUGACCUCCCUACCCCACCUGGGGAGAAGAAAGAUGUUAGUGGCCCCAUGCCUGACUCCUACAGCCCUCAGUAUGUGGAGGCAGCCUGGUACCCUUGGUGGGAACGGCAGGGCUUCUUCAAGCCAGAGUAUGGGCGUCCUAGUGUGUCCGCACCAAAUCCCCGAGGUGUCUUCAUGAUGUGCAUCCCACCCCCCAACGUGACAGGCUCCCUGCACCUGGGCCACGCGCUCACCAACGCCAUCCAGGACUCCCUGACUCGAUGGCACCGUAUGCGCGGGGAGACCACCCUGUGGAACCCGGGCUGCGACCAUGCAGGCAUUGCCACCCAGGUGGUGGUGGAAAAGAAACUCUGGAAAGAGCGGGGUCUGAACCGGCACGAGCUGGGCCGAGAAGCCUUUCUUCAGGAGGUCUGGAAGUGGAAAGCCGAGAAGGGUGACAGGAUUUACCACCAAUUAAAGAAACUUGGCAGCUCCUUGGACUGGGAUCGAGCCUGCUUCACCAUGGAUCCUAAAUUGUCAGCAGCUGUGACAGAGGCUUUUGUCAGGCUCCAUGAAGAAGGGGUCAUCUACCGCAGCACUCGCCUGGUCAACUGGUCCUGCACCCUCAACUCUGCCAUCUCUGACAUCGAGGUGGAUAAGAAGGAACUGACAGGCCGCACCCUGCUCUCUGUGCCUGGCUACAAGGAGAAGGUGGAGUUUGGGGUCCUCGUGUCCUUUGCCUACAAGGUCCAAGGCUCAGACAGCGACGAGGAGGUGGUGGUGGCAACAACUCGGGUUGAGACCAUGCUAGGAGACGUGGCUGUAGCCGUGAACCCCAAAGACCCCAGAUACCAGCACUUAAAGGGGAAGUGUGUCGUCCAUCCGUUCUUGUCCCGGAGCCUUCCAGUCGUCUUCGAUGACUUUGUGGACAUGGAGUUUGGCACAGGUGCCGUGAAGAUCACCCCGGCCCAUGACCAGAAUGACUAUGAGGUUGGCCAGCGACACCGGCUCGAGGCUAUUAGCAUCAUGGACUCAAAGGGGGCCCUGGUCAAUGUUCCUCCCCCUUUCCUGGGCCUGCCCAGGUUUGAGGCCAGAAAGGCUGUGCUGGCAGCACUGAAGGAACUCGGCCUAUUCCGAGGCGUCAAGGACAACCCCAUGGUGGUGCCACUUUGCAACCGCUCCAAGGAUGUGGUGGAGCCUCUGCUAAAGCCUCAGUGGUACGUGCGCUGUGGGGAGAUGGCCCAGGCCGCCAGUGCUGCUGUGACCCGGGGUGACCUCCGUAUCCUGCCUGAGGCCCACCAGCGGACGUGGCAUUCUUGGAUGGACAACAUCCGAGACUGGUGCAUCUCUCGGCAACUGUGGUGGGGCCACCGAAUCCCUGCCUACUUUGUCACCGUCCAUGACCCAGCAGUACCCCCUGGGGAGGACCCUGAUGGGCGGUACUGGGUAAGCGGACGCACUGAAGCAGAGGCCCGAGAGAAGGCAGCACGGGAGUUUGGAGUGUCCCCUGACAAGAUCAGCCUUCAGCAAGAUGACGAUGUGUUGGACACCUGGUUCUCAUCUGGUCUCUUUCCCUUCUCCAUCUUUGGCUGGCCCAAUCAGUCAGAAGACCUCAGUGUGUUCUACCCUGGGACCCUGCUGGAGACAGGCCAUGAUAUCCUCUUCUUCUGGGUGGCCCGGAUGGUCAUGCUCGGUCUGAAACUCACUGGGAAGCUGCCCUUCAGAGAGGUCUAUCUCCAUGCAAUCGUGCGUGAUGCUCAUGGCAGGAAGAUGAGCAAGUCUCUUGGCAAUGUCAUCGACCCCCUGGAUGUCAUCCAUGGAGUUUCUUUACAGGGCCUCCAUGACCAACUACUGAACAGCAACCUGGAUCCCAGUGAGGUGGAGAAAGCCAAAGAAGGACAGAGGGCCGACUUUCCAGCGGGGAUUCCCGAGUGUGGCACUGAUGCCCUACGCUUUGGACUUUGUGCCUACACGUCCCAAGGUCGAGACAUCAAUCUGGACGUGAACAGAAUCCUGGGGUACCGUCACUUCUGCAACAAACUCUGGAAUGCCACCAAGUUUGCCCUGCGCGGCCUUGGGAAGGGCUUUGUGCCCUCACCAACCUCUAAGCCUAAAGGGCGUGAGAGCCUGGUGGACCGCUGGAUCCGCAGCCGGCUGGCAGAGGCCGUGAGGCUCAGCAAUGAAGGCUUCCAGGCUUACGACUUUGCAGCCAUCACCACCGCCCAGUACAGCUUUUGGCUCUAUGAGCUCUGUGACGUCUACUUGGAGUGCCUAAAACCCGUGCUGAAUGGAGUGGACCCGGUGGCAGCAGAGUGUGCUCGGCAGAGCCUCUACACCUGCCUGGACGUCGGCCUACGGCUGCUCUCACCCUUCAUGCCCUUUGUCACAGAGGAGCUGUUCCAGAGGCUGCCCCGGCGGACACCAGAAGCUCCUGCUAGCCUCUGUGUCACCCCCUACCCAGAGCCCUCAGAGUGCUCCUGGAAGGACCCUGAAGCUGAAGCUGCCCUUGAGCUGGCUCUGAGCAUCACUCGAGCUGUACGCUCCCUGCGUGCCGACUACAACCUGACCCGGACCAGGCCGGACUGUUUCUUGGAAGUAGCUGAUGAGGCCACAGGUGCGGUGGCCUCGGCAGUGUCGGGCUACGUGCAGGCCCUGGCCAGUGCGGGGGUGGUGGCUGUCCUGGCCCUGGGAGCUCCGGCACCACAGGGCUGUGCUGUGGCUGUGGCUUCAGACCGCUGCUCCAUCCACCUGCAGCUGCAGGGCCUAGUGGACCCUGCCCGGGAGCUGGGCAAGCUGCAGGCCAAGCGAAGUGAGGCCCAGCGACAGGCUCAGCGGCUCCAGGAGCGCCGUGCGGCCUCUGGCUACUCAGCAAAGGUGCCCCUUGAGGUCCAGGAGGCAGAUGAAGCGAAGUUGCAACAGACAGAGGCGGAGCUCAGGAAGGUGGAUGAGGCCAUCGCCCUGUUCCAGAAGAUGCUGUGACCCCCCCAGUUCUAACCCUCAGCCCCCAGUGUUCCACCAACAGGGAUGGCAGCAAUAAAAUAUUUUGCCAACA